CUGAUUCGGACCUUUUACAGGGGGAAGAAGUCUUGCCUUGGCUUUCUUGAACUGCGUCAUCUCCUCUCUAUAUAUUGCCCGUCGGCCGUUUGAGUCGGAGGAAAAGAGCGGCCGAGUUCAUGGAUUCAGGCUCGAAGUCUCCGCUGCUUACGGCGGCGAACGGAGGGAGGCGGAGUGGCCGCCUGCGGCGCCGCAACUCGGUGGACACGCUCAGGACCGACUUCGUGGCGAAACUGCCCGAUAAGAUCCGCUCAAGCAUCGACGUCGAUCCGGAGUCUCCCUAUGACAUUGACUUCUCCAAGGCCAGAGGCUUGAGCAAAGGGCAGAAGGAAUACUAUGAAAAGCAGCUUGCUACCUUGAAAUCGUUCGAAGAAGUUGAUAGGUUGGUGGGUUCUGACAGUAUUGAUGAGGAAGAUCUCGCAGAGCAAGCGCAACAUGAAAGAGCAAUGAAGAUUUCUAAUUAUGCUAAUAUAGUCCUAUUGGUGUUCAAGAUCUAUGCUACUAUAAGGAGUGGAUCAAUAGCCAUAGCUGCAUCAACCCUUGAUUCUUUACUCGAUCUCAUGGCUGGUGGCAUACUUUGGUUCACGCAUCUGUCAAUGAAAAGCAUAAAUAUCUACAAGUAUCCUAUUGGGAAACUGCGAGUGCAACCAGUAGGCAUUAUCAUCUUUGCUGCCAUCAUGGCUACUCUUGGCUUUCAGGUACUGGUUCAAGCUGUAGAAGAAUUGGCCAAGGAUGAAGUUCCUGAUAAGAUGAGUGAGAAUCAAUUAGUGUGGUUGUACACAAUCAUGUUAUCUGCGACUGUAGUAAAACUCGCACUCUGGAUUUAUUGCAGAAGUUCGGGGAAUGAAAUUGUCCGUGCUUAUGCAAAGGAUCAUUAUUUCGAUGUCGUAACAAACAUAGUUGGUUUAGCAGCAGCGGUGCUUGGUGAUGAAUUUUACUGGUGGAUUGAUCCUGCUGGUGCUAUACUGCUUGCACUUUACACCAUUUCUAAUUGGUCUGGGACGGUCAUGGAAAAUGCAGCCUCACUUGUGGGACAAUCGGCCCCUCCUGAAUUCUUGCAAAAAUUGACAUACCUGGCGAUACGACACCCUCAAGUCAAGCGCAUUGAUACUGUUAGAGCUUACACAUUUGGUGUUCUAUAUUUUGUCGAGGUUGAUGUGGAGCUUCCUGAGGAGACGCCCUUGAUUGAUGCUCAUACAAUAGGGGAGACCUUGCAGAUCAACCUCGAAAAACUUCCAGAAGUAGAGCGAGCAUUCGUCCACUUGGAUUACGAGUGUGAUCACAAGCCAGAGCACAACAUCCUUAGUCGGCUGCCUACAAGAGAGCCUUGAUAGAUUCACAGCGUCAUUCACUUGCACGAUUCAAAUUCAGGAUUUACAGGUAUUGUAUUUUUAGCCAGAAAAUCUCUAAGGAUGGAGGAGGCUACAUUUUUUUUCGAAACAGAUAAUUUCUCUGGGUGAUUCGAGAUUGGAAUCCUCCGUAUUCAGUACAUUUUUGUAACUUUAGUGCAUGUCUGAUGUAUGCCUUCUUACCUUAUAAAUUACAUAGGCAGGUCGAAGGCAGAGCCCCGUAUUGACUUCCAUUA